AUGCUCUGCACUGCAUGGCACGCAUCGCUGCGCUCCACAACGCACGCCGCACACUGGGCUCUCUUCCACGAGGACCCUGGUACCUGCCAGCACCGUGUGUUCAUGAGGUGCCCACCAGGUGCCAAGCCUGGGGGCGUGUUGGUGAGCCAGGCCAGGCAGCCGGAGCCCAGGGCCUGGGCAGUCCUCUGGACGAGGUCGCGCCAGUCUGGAGGCUGGUGCCGAGCCCCCUGGGGCCUGACCACCAGCCCGCCGCUCAGAACCCUCUCAGCCAUCCCCAUGCAGCUCUCAGGGAGCCGCUGCCCCUCCCCACUGCCCAUUGCGAAGGACACAAGCAGCACCAGACUCCUCAGGCCCCCAGCAGCCAGAACGGUGCAGCAGUUGGAAAGCAGAGAGCACUUUCAGCAAACCUUGGCUGGUGCAGGGGAUAAAUUUGCAGUAGCUGAUUUCUCAGCCAUGCGAUGUGGACCUUGCAGAAUGAUCAAGCCUUUCCUUCAUUCUCUGUCUGAAAAAUAUUCCAACACGUUGUCCCUUGAAGUAGAUGUGGAUGACUGUCAGGAUGUCGCUGCAGAGUGGGAAGUCAAAUGCAUGGCAACCUUCUGGUUUUUUAAAAAGGGUGAGAAGGCGAGUGAGCUUUCUGGUGCUAAUAAGGAAAAGCUUGAAGCCACCAUUAGUGAAUUAACCUAA